AACCGCUCCUGCUGACACUUGCUAGCGUGUGACAUUGGGGGACCUGUUGGACCACUGGUGGGUUUAAACGACUUCAUUCGGGGCUCGGCUCGGCGGGUGCUUCACUUCCCCCGAAAAAAGUCUCAGCGGUCACGCGGGUCUGGAGUUGCGUUUGUUUUCCACAGCACAGGAGUCGGUGUUGACUUUAAUGCGGCUCCGUAUGUGAAGUUCGGGCACCGACUUUAGCGCGACGCUCGGAGGUUCCGCUCGUUGUGGAGCAGCAUGUACACCAUCGCCAAAGGUCCAAGCAAACUGGUCACCCAGAGACGCACAGGGCCGAGUCAGCAGAUCGAUAACAAAAUCAACGACUUCAAACACAAACAGACCCCCUGGAACAUUCUCGACCUUCCUGCUCCCAAAAUCGUUUUCAACCGACUGAACGGGAAGAAGUACCACCAGCCUGCGCCCGCUCUGACCCCACAGCUCCGACAGGAGGAGACGUUCACGCCGGCGCACGAGGAAAACGUCAAGUUUGUGUAUGAAGCCUGGCAGGAUGUGCCGCAGACAACUGUCCACUACGAAGACGACACUCCUGGACCAAACAAUUUCCAACCAAUCGACUUGGACGAGUGGUGGGCCCAGCGCUUCCUGGCCAACAUAGACAAGCUCUCCUGACCUCCCCUGGAACACCUGGACACUAGUGAUGGUCACCAGCUGCGGACCAGGACCGCCUGAGACCAGCAGGGGGCGCAGCGGCCGCCCAACUGACUGAUGGUCAGCGGGGCACAAUGAACUCGAAUCGUGCGGCACUGGAGCUUCUGCGGCUUUGUCCCGAGGCAGUUUCUUGGACACGACAGCUCCGUCACUUCCAUGCAGUAAAU